AUGCCAAUUAAUCCAUACAUGCGUCGAGGACGAAUUUAUCCAAGUAAUUCAGUUUCCUAUUUUCGUACAUGUUGGACAUACAAGUCUUGGGGUACUUUGAUCGGUGUUCUUGCUUCAAUAAUAGUUUUAGCCGGUUUUCAUAUUGGAUGGGAUAUUCCUAUAAUUGUUAAAAAUGGUCUUAUCUUUUAUCCAAUUUUAUUUGGUGUUGUAUUUUUUUAUACGAUGACAAAUUAUCUGUUCGCAGCACUUUAUGAUCCCGGCGUUGUACCAAGGCCAAAUGCAGAUGAAACUCUUCAUACAGAAAAAGAAAAUAAUAUUCAGACCGAUUUAACUGGAAAUUAUUUUCCAUCGAGACCACCAUCAACGACGAUACUUGUACGAAAUAAUCCGCAUACAUCUCCUUAUUGUUAUACCUGUCGAACCUAUCGUUUGCCGCGUGUCGUUCAUUGCUCCGUUUGUAAUGUUUGUGUGGAAAACUUCGAUCAUCAUUGUCCAUGGAUUAACAAUUGUGUUGGCUUAUUAAAUUAUCGUUAUUUUUCAAAUUUUGUUCUUUUCUGUUCGAUUCUUUGUUUUGUUGGAUUUGUUGGCUGUGUUUUAGCUGCUUUUUAUCGAUGGGACAUCUACAAAUACCAAGGUGGCUUAUUUUUUGCAUACAAUAUUCCUAAUUUUCUAACUGGUCUUAUUGCAAUUCUUUUUGGAUUUACGCUCUUUCCAUUCUGGUACUAUCAUUGUGGAUUAGCCAUGAAUGGAGUAACAACAAAACAAGCCAUGAAACAUGAAGAUGGUCUAGAAGAUAAAGAAGCUAAUUGUGGUUUACGAUUUCAGAACUUAACUCGAGCAUGGUGCGGGCCGAUACGACCACCAGUUAAUUGGAAUGAACUGUACGAGAAUGAUCAUUAUAUAAAACAAGUAGAAAUUUAUAAAAGAAUUCGUCCAACGUUAUUAAGCAAUACACUUACAGUACCAAAAAAAAGCAUUCGAGAUCAUAUUGCGAGUUUAGCUGCUAACGAUUAUUUUGGUAUAGCUCAGCAAGUUGAAGGUUUCUGUCGCACAAAUACAAGGUCAAAUCGACAAUCAUCGAUAAUUGAUGUCGAUGUUAUCCAUCAUCUUUCGAUGCAUGAAAUUAAAGUAACUCGUAUCGGCAAUGAUCAACUUUCGAUUCGUUAUCUAUUAAUUGAAGCUGUUCAUCCAACAAAUAUUUCAACAUUUUGGAAUACAAUAUGGCUUCGUAAUGUAUUAUCUAUUGUAAUGCUUUAUGGUACAGACGAAAAUAAUUCCUAUUGUCAAUAUUGGCCAGAUGAAACGAAUCCAUCGAUGACCAUAGAUAAUUGUUAUCAAGUAGAUUUCAUUGGUAUUAUUAAACGAAUAGAUAUAAUUGGCGAAACUCAAACUCGUAUUGUUGAACAUUUUCAAAUUAAAAAUUGGACAGAAACAAACUUUUCAAUGGAUCCCGUUGCUCUUCUCACUCUACAAUAUAGCAUUGAUAAAAAAGAGAAAGACGCAAGACCACGUGCAACUGAUGCAGGUAUUAUUGCUAUACAUACUUGUGAAAUUAAUACAAGAGCAUUUGAAUAUAUGACUAUUGAUAUAAAUCGAUAUUUAUUAAAUAAACAUGGUUAUAUAAACAUACUGAAUACAAUUACUCAACUUAAUGAACAAUUACCGAUAUGUUUAGUGAAUGAUCAUGUGUUAAUUACGGUUUAUACCGUGAUACUUCAUCUUUCAGCAUGGACGUAUCCAUCGGAUAUGACAUCAAUGCUUAGCAAUUUUACUAGAAACAGUUUGAAAAUUCUCAAUACCAUACUUCCACCGAAUGUGAAAAAUCCUUAUCAACCAGUUGCUAUUGAUUACAAUGUUGUUUAUUUUUUUGAUAGUUAUAUACAUUCAAAAGCAUUUUUAUUGACAAUUGGUCGUAAUCAAAACAAUCUAUUCAAAACAAUAUCAGCAUUUCAAAUACAACAUUGUUUUCUAUUUCAACAAAGUAGCCAUUUAGAUACUGGUCUCAUCGAGAGAGAAAAUUUAAAACUUGAUGAGAAUUACCAAUCAGUUGAUUUUCGACGUUAUCAAAACGAUCAAUGUAAAACGUUCAUCUAUCAACCGAUUAAGUCCAUUGAGGAUGUUGUAUUACAUAGAUUGUCUCGAUCGCUUGUAGAUCUUGAUCAAAAUGAUGAGACACCGGUUUUAAUAUGCAUUGAUAAUAUUCGAACAGGUGCUAUUAUAUAUCUUGUUGCAAAUUUAAUGGAACAAUUCAUUAUUGAUAGGAGAGUUGAUAUAUUUCACCAGGCAAGAAAAGUUGCUUAUUCGUGUCCUUCAUUUCUAGUAGAAAAUGAUUUUCGAUUUAUGUAUGAAUGUAUUCGGUUGUGGAUAAUGGAGGACGUAAAAAAAGAAUUAAAUUAA